CCUAUGAGUUCAUCACUACAGCGUUCUGCUUCGCCCCAGGCAUUUAGCCCCGAUCACAAGAACAGCAUCAUUAGGAGGCAGAGACAGGAGCUCAAGCUUUUAAUUGCAGAACUGAAAGAUCGUGACAAGGAGCUCAAUGACAUGGUGGAAGUGCACGAGAGACACAUCCAGGCCUGGGAAGAUGAUCGCCAAAAAAUACUGACUUUAGCAGAACGAUGCAGUUUAUUAACUAGUGAGCUGAACGAGAGAAAUGCAGUUAUAAAAUCACUGACCAAAAAGUUAAAGUUACUAGAAUCCCAGCAUAAUGACAGUAAGAUAACACUUGAAAGCACACAACAGAAGUUUAAAGAGCUCACUCAAAAAGUAACAGAUUCAUCUGUCCACUGCCAGGCUCUGGAGGAGAAAAAUCAGAGUCUCCACUGCUCAGUUUUGGAACUGUCUGCUAAAACAGGCCAGCUGCAAGCCAGGGAACAGGAGCUUCUCUCCAUGCUUCAGAUGAAGGACAAGGCCUUAAUUGAAACAACUGAUCAGAUUAGUGAGGUUACAUCUAAAUUUAAAACCCUGGAGAAUGCCCUGCGUACAGCAAAGUUGGAUGAAUUCACUCGCAACAGGGAGCACCAGGACCUCAAGGUGACACUCAACGAUGUCAUGAGCCAAGUAAAUAAGAUGAAAGAUAUCCUCUCUGAGAAGAUGAAAGAGAGCAGCAAGAACCAGGAAGAAAUCAGCCACCUGAAACAAGAAAAUGGCUGCUUGAGGAGUGAGCUGAUCCUGGCAGUGGAAGAAGCCCAGAGGAAGGAUCAACUUUUUCAGUUUGCCAAGUCGAAGCAAGUGCGGAUUGAAAGAGAAUUGUCCAGUUUGCGACAGGUCUGUGUGAAACAGCAGCGGGACUUGCACUUCCUCCAUGUCAACUUUGAUAGCUCUCAAGAAUCCAGGCAAAAACAUGAAAAUGCAUCAAGUGGGAAGAGCAGUGAAGAAAACGUGGAUCUGAAUUCCCUCCGCUUGGCUUCUCCUCUCUUGGCAUCCACUGAGAAGAGCAACAAGACUCAGAGUUCUGGGAAAUUAUCUGAUGAAGAUUCCCCUCUGGACAUCAAUGACCUGGCAGUGACCAAACCAACAAAGAGAUACUGCAUGAACACAGACACCAGUUCCCUGUUCUGGAAGCUGGAGCGCUCGUUGGCCCAGUCCCGGCAGAUGCUGACUGACCUGGAGCUCAGCCUUCUCCACACAAGCAUUCCCAACACCAGCAACAAGAAUAAGAGGAAGAAGUUGGUUCCAACACAGAGGUAAUUGUGAGGACUGAAGACAUUGACCCAGCAGCUACAAUGGAAAGUUACCUCAUUUUUUUUUCCCGUGGUCCUCCUGAGUGUUUGAAAGACCCACAAGUGGCAAGAAGAUCUGACUCUGCAGGAAUGUAUUUUAUCUUGAAAUAAAACACAGAAUUACACCAA